AGUGUAUACAGGCUGACACACCGCACAGGUAUAUAAUUCUCUGGACUAGGUUUAGGUUGAAGUAACGGGGAGGCUAUGUUGGAUUUUGAGUAAAUUGUUCGUGUGGCCCCGAGGUCAGAAAUGGAUCCCCGGCGCAGUGGUCAGGAAGUCCUAAUGUGUGAUAUCUGCGAAAGUGUCUUCGUACAGAGUCAUUGUGAACUUUGUGAUCUAAAUUUAUGCAAAACCUGUGUUGGGGAGCACCUCUCAGAUUCGUCUGUAAGACACAACGUCGUACCCUAUUUACACAGGAAGUCUACCCCAAACUAUCGGAAAUGUCCGAAACACCCGAAAAGACAAUCCGAACUUUACUGCGAGAAUUGUGAGAUUCCUGUCUGCAUUAUCUGUGUCUCCUCGGGGAAACACAAAGGUCACGAUAUAUCAAAUGUCUUGGAAAAAUUCAGCUCAAAAACGCAAAAUUUACAAAAAGAUCUGGAAGAAUUAGAAACAAGAAUUUAUCCCCGAUAUCAAGAAAUGGCGUCCGAUGUCCAAUCAGAAAAAGCCGAGUUAGUAACGAUUUACGGAAAACUGAUCACAGCUGCCGAAAAACAAGGAGAAGUCUGGCACCAAGAGAUCACCGCCAUUGUCAACCGACAGACUUCCGAUAUUCAGGAAAUGAAAAAGAAACACCUAUUUACCCUGAAUAAAAAUACAGAUGAAAUCAAACAGAAAAUUAUUGAACUCAAACAGAUCAUUUCCGACUUGAAAUCAAUCCUAAAAUCAAAUGACGUCUCCUUAACCUCUACUUACAAAUCUAGGAAUUCCGAAUUUAGAACAUUACCGCUUAAAGUCCGAAUUACACUACCACGCUUUUCUCCACGGAAAAUAAGCAAAGAUCAGCUCAAUGAAAUGUUUGGUUCUCUGUCAUCAUUAUCCAUUAACACAGAACAUGGUGACACAAUGAAGUCACCAGGAGCUGUAUCGUCUCAUUCAGUCAAACCACUGCUUGAUGAACCGCGACUCACCGCCAUCAUAGACACUGGGUAUAAACAAGGAUUAUUCAGUGUUAGCUGUAUCAGUGAAGAUCAAGUCUGGACACGCGGGGAUACCAACACCAUGAAACUCUUCAACCUCCGGAGUAAACUACUGAUUUCAAUACAAACUGAGUCAGGGAACAGGCCAGAGGACAUAACAGUGACACGGAAUGGAGAUCUUGUUUAUACUGACUAUAAGAGUAAAACUGUAAAUCUAGUGAAGAAUAAACAUAUACAGACCAUGAUCACACUACAAGGGUGGAGACCCCGCAAUAUCUGUUGUACCUCGUCUGAUGAUCUCCUGGUUACCAUGGACAGUGAUGAUAGAACACAAUCGAAAGUUGUGCGUUACUCAGGUUCCACAGAGACACAAAGCAUUCAGUUUGAUGAUCAGGGUCGUCCUCUCUAUUCACAUGGUUAUUAUAAUAACUAUCAAUACAUCAGUGAGAACAAGAACCUGGAUAUUUGUGUCGCUGACCGUGAAGCUAGUGCAGUAGUGGUGGUCAAUCAGUCAGGAAAACUCCGAUUUAAAUACACUGGUCAUUCCUCUAUUACCACGGAAUCAUUUGAUCCAGUCGGCAUCACUACAUACAGCCAAAGUCACAUCCUAACAGCAGAUUGGGAUAAUGGCUGUAUCCACAUCCUAGAUCAGGACGGACACCUCCUCCGAUAUAUUCGGAACAGUGACCAUUUAAGCACCCCAUGGGGUUUAAGUGUGGACACCAGGGACAACCUCUUUGUGGCUGACUAUCACAUUGCUAAAGUGAAGAAAAUCCAAUAUAUUCAAACACAGUGUAAUGUCCCUGUGACACCGACAUUAGAAAUGCAUCCACGGCGCAGUGCUCAGGAAGUCCUACUGUGUGACCUCUGUGAAACUGUCCCCCUACAGAGUCAUUGUGAACUUUGUCGUAUAAGUCUAUGCAAGGCCUGUGUUGUGGAGCAUCUAUCGGAUUCCUCUAAACGACACAAAGUCGUGCCAUUUUUACAGAGAAAAGCUAGUCCUAACUACCCGAAAUGUCCGAAACACGCCGACAAACACUGCGAACUUCUCUGCGAUGAAUGUAACACUCCUGUAUGUUCUACCUGCGUCUCCUCAGGUAAACACAAAGGUCACGAUAUAUCAGAUGUUCUGGAAAAACUCAGUUCUAAAACAAAAAGUUUGCAAACAGAUCUGGAAGAAUUAGAGACCAGAAUUUAUCCCCGAUAUGAAAAAAUGAUGUCCGAUGUCAAAACCGAGAAAACCGGGUUAGAAACGAAAUACGGGAAACUGACCACAGCCGCUGACCAACACGGAGAGGUCUUACACCGAGAAAUCACCGCCAUUGUCAACCGACGAAAAUCCGACAUUCAGGAAAUGAAAAACAAACAUCUAUCUACCCUGAGUAAAAAUACAGAUGAAAUCACACAGAAAUUUACGGAACUCAAACAGGCCAUUUUCGACUUGAAAUCAUUACUGAAAUCAAAUGACUUCUCCUUAACCUCUACUUACAAAUCUAAGAAUCCCGAAUUUAGAACAUUUCUGCCCAAAGUCCGAGUCACAUUUCCAAGUUUGUCUGCUCAGAAAAUAAACAAAGAUCAGCUCAAUGAAAUGUUUGGUUCUCUGUCGCCAUUAUCCAUUAACACAGAACAUGGCGAAACAAUGAAGUCAGCAGAAGCUGUAUCGUCUCCUCCAGUCAAACCACUGCUUGAUGAACCGCGCCUCACCGCCACCAUAAACACUGGGUAUAAAGAUGGCCUUUACAGUGUUAGCUGUCUCAGUGAAGAACAAGUCUGGACACGCGGGAAUAACGAAAUCAUGAAGCUCCUCAACCUCCAGAGUAAACUACUGACAUCAAUACAAACCGAGUCAGGGUCCAAACCAGUUGACAUAGCAGUGACACGGGACGGAGAUCUUGUUUAUACUGACUAUAAAAAUAAAACUAUAAACCUAGUAAAGAAUAAACACAUACAGACCGUGAUCACACUACAGGGGUGGAAGCCUCUCAAUGUCUGCAGCACCGCCUCUGAUAUUCUCCUGGUUACCAUGAUGCAUGAUGAUAGAACACAAUCCAAAGUUAUGCGUUACUCUGGCUCCACAAAGACACAAACCAUUCAGUUUGAUGAUCAGGGUCGUCCUCUCUAUUCACCUGGAGGUUAUGAUGACAUUAAACACAUCAGUGAGAAUAGGAACCUGGAUAUAUGUGUGGCUGACCGGACAGCUAAAGCAGUAGUAGUGGUCAAUCAGUCAGGAAAACUCCGAUUUAGAUACAUUGGUCAUCCUUCUAAUACCAAGCAAUCAUUUGAUCCAACCGGCAUCACUACAGACAGCCAGAGUCACAUUCUGACAGCAGACACUGGCAAUAACCGUAUCCACAUCCUAGAUCAGGAUGGACAGUUCCUCCGUUACAUUCAGAAUUCACACCAUCCAUUCGGUUUAUGUGUGGACAUCAGAAACAACCUCUUUGUAGCCGAGUGUCACACUGCUAAAGUGAAGAAAAUCCAAUAUCUAUAAACACAACGUUAAUUACACAUCUCAACACAGUGUUAAUUGCACACCUCAAAACCGUUAUA